AAGCCGAGCCCUGCCUGGCUGCUCCCGCACCAUCGCCCAGCAGCGCCUGCCAUGCUGCCGCAGCCCCUGCUGGCGUGGGCACCCUGCCUGCGCCCGGCGCUGCCUGCGGGCUGGGAGCUGGGGCAGCGGGCACCCAUCCGGAUCGCCUCCCUCUCCCCCAGCAGAAGCAGCAGCUUUUUCAGCGCUGCCCCAAAAGACGUUUUUUUUCCCCGCAGACUGAGUCUAACCCCGGCCUUGGCCGCGGUCCCGCUCGGGCCGGCGCGGAUGCUGUUUUUGUUGGCAGGAGGGAUGUGGGAGAGGGGAGCGGUGCAGCGAGGGAAGCCCCUGUGCCGGCUGCCCUGCUGCUGGAGCUGGUGUGGCCGCGCUGGCCGGUGCCGCCUGGUGCAGCGGUGCUGCCGGGCCUCUCUGCAUCACCUCCGGGUCUGGCAGCGCAGCUUCCCAUGGGAGCAUCCCUGCCCCGCAGUGGGGCUACCCUGCAGGAGGCUUCCUGCUGCUCGUUUGCUAGUGUCUGUUAUUUUUAAAUGAUUAGAUGCGACGCGUAACAAAAGCCUUCAAAAUAGGAUUUGUCCCUAAGGCCGAUUUAACUGUCAAAGCUUAAAGUGGCUCCUAAGCCCGGCUGGGCGCUGGCAAGUGGCACAUUUAGCAUUCCUGCUGCAGCCCCGGGGGAGCUGGGGCAGCCGAGCCGUGCCCACCAGAGGAGACAGUGCUGCGCUGCCAGAACCCUGACUGCACCGGCGAGAGGAGAGCGGUGAAGGUAUGCCACCACGUGGAAUGCCGGCAGCUGAACCGCAGCGGCCCCCUCAGCCUGUGUGAGCUCUGCGACGGCCGCCUCCAUGGCGCCAUGCACUUCGAUGGCCACAUCCGCUUCAACCUGCCCCCGCAAGGCUCCAUCCUGGCCCGCAACAUGUCGACGCGCUCGUGCCCCCCACGCACCAGUCCUGCCUCCGAUGUGGAGGAGGAAGAGGAGGGACCGGCAGAGAGCAGAGGGGAGUGGAGGAGCUCGGCGCUGAAGCUGCCCAAGAAGAAGGCUCGGCGCAGGCACACGGACGACCCUAGCAAGGAAUGCUUCACCCUGAAGUUCGACCUCGGUAUCAAUGUGGAGGCGGAGAUCGUGCCAGCCACAAAGAAGAAGUCCCUGGGGGAGGUGCUGCUGCCAGUCUUCGAGAGGAAGGCAAUCGAGCUGGGCAAGGUGGACAUCUACCUGGACCAGUCCCACACGCCACUCUCCCUCCAGUUCGAGGCAUACCGCUUUGGGGGGCACUACCUGCGGGUGAAAGCCAAGCCCGGGGAUGAGCUGAAGGUGGAGCAGGCGGUGCGGGAUGCCAGGUCAGCCAGCUUGCCCAUCCUGCACCCUGCUGGCACCGCUGCGCUCCUCAGGCCAGCACUGGAACUAGUGCCAGGACACUGGGAGGGCACCGACAGCCUGGCACCGGGCCGCCGGAGGAAGAACAUGACAGAGUUUCUGGGGGACGCCAGCAUCCCCAGCCCCGAGCCAGCCCCGCACAGCGGCAGCCCCCUGCCCGCCAAUGGCACUGACACCUGGAAGAACCGUGCUGCCAGCCGCUUCAGCGGCUUCUUCGGCUCCAGCACCAGUGCCGGCUCCUUUGGGCGGGAGACUGAGAAGCUGGAGCAGCUGGCGAGCAGGCUGCAUGCCUACAGCACCUUCGGGCUGCCCAAGCUGCCACCCCAGCUCCGCUUCGACCGCGACUCCUGGGAGGAGGAUGGGGAUGAGGCCGGGCUGGCGCUGGAGGAGAGCUGGCAGCAGAUCAUCCAUGGCACGGAGGCCCUGUCACGCCGGCAGUGCCACCAGCAGGAAGCCAUCUGGGAGCUGCUGCACACCGAGGCCACCUACAUCCGCAAGCUCAAAGUCAUCACUGAUCUCUUCCUCUGCUGCCUGCUGAACCUGCAGGAGUCGGGGCUGCUCUGCGAGGUGGAUGCUGAGCGGCUCUUCAGCAACAUCGGGGAUAUUAUCCGGCUGCACCGUGAGCUGUGGCGCGGCGUCAUGGCCCCAGUGCUGGCCAAGGCACGCCGGACUGGGGCACUGCUUGACCCCAUUGACUUCCUCGAUGGCUUCAAGAUGUUUGGCUCCCUCUUCAAGCCCUAUGUGCGGUACUGCAUGGAGGAGGAGGGCUGCAUGGAGUACAUGCGGGCACUGCUGCGGGACAGUGAGCUUUUCCGCGCCUACGUGACGUGGGCUGAGAAGCACGAGCAGUGCAGCCGCUUGAAGCUAAGUGACAUGCUGGUGAAGCCCCACCAGCGCCUCACCAAGUACCCGCUGCUCCUCAAAUCCGUGCUGAAGAAGACAGACGACCCACGUGCCCGCGAUGCCAUCACUGCCAUGAUUGGCUCUGUGGAGCGCUUCAUAAACGACGUCAACUCGCGGAUGCGCCAGCGGCAGGAGCGGCAGCGCCUGGCCGCCAUCCUCAGCCGCAUCGACGCCUACGAGGUAGUGGAGGGCAGCACGGACGAGGUGGACAAGCUGCUGAAAGAGUUCCUGCGGCUGGACCUGACGGCCCCCAUCCCUGGCACCUCCCCGGAGGACACCCGGCAGCUCCUUCUCGAGGGCAGCCUGCGGAUGCGGGAAGGUAAAGACAGCAAGAUGGACGUCUACUGCUUCCUCUUCACCGAUCUCUUCCUCAUCACCAAGCCCCUCAAGAAGGCUGAGCGUACCAAGGUGGUCCGGCAACCCUUGCUGGUGGACAAGGUCAUCUGCCGGGAGCUCAGGGACCCGGGCUCCUUCCUCCUCAUCUACCUGAAUGAGCUGGGGAGCGCUGUGGCCGCCUACACCUUCCAGGCCAGUGGGCAGUCGCUGUGCCGCAGCUGGGUUGAGGCAGUGCGCAACGCCCAGAACCUGCUGCAGCGGCUGAGGCAGCGCCGGCGCAUGGAGGAGGAGGAGGAGGAGGAAGAGGAGGAUGGCGAGAGUGGUGCCUCGGCUGCCAGUUCACCUACCAUCCUGCAUCGCGGCAGCACCAGCCCAGACUCUCAGCAGUGCCCCUCUGAUGGCUCCACCGAGACCCUCGCCAUGGUGGCAGCAGACGGUAGUGACGAGCUCUCCUCCCCGGACUGGGAUGCAGGACCCUUCAGCUCAACCUCAGAUGGUUCCUCCAUUGGCACCAGCACCUCCAUCGGCACCGGCACCUCUGCCGACACCCCCACCUCCACUGAGACCCCCACCCGGCAGCUGCCAGCAGGCGCCCUGCCUGUACCCCUGCCCCAUGGUAUGGCCUCCUCAGCCGGCGGCUGCCGCUCGUCCUCCAUCGACAGCGCCUAUGGCACGCUCUCACCCGCCUCCCUGCGGGACUUCGGCCGGCAGCCAAAAGGGGCAGCUGAGGAGGGGCGGGAGCCCCCCAUGGCCCCCCCAGCCCCCCAGCCCCCCUCACCCCGGCUGCGCCGCCGGACGCCCGUGCAGCUCCUGCCCUGCCCAGCCAGGGUGCUCAAGUCCAAGUCGGAAGCCAGCCUGCCCCUACUUUUGCCCCCCGGCCCCCCAGCCCCCCUCAGCCAGAGCCGCAGCCUCUCUGACCUCUGUGCCAGCCCCCCCCGGACUAGCCAAGCCCCCGGCCCCCUGGCUGCCCCUGGCAGCUGUGGCAGCUCCACCUCCGAGCUCUCGGAGCCAGAGGAGCCAGUGGAGAGCCCAGCAUCCCUCCCAGGGGAUCUUGGUCACAACCCUCUGCCCGCUGCCCGCCGGACCUUCUCCGACCCGCAGUCGGCACAGCACCGCAAGCUGACGCUGACACAGCUUUACCGGAUCCGGACCACGCUGCUGCUCAACUCCACGCUGACUGCCUCGGAGGUCUGAGAGCCACCGGGGCGGUAAGGAUGGACGUGCGGAUGCACCAAGGAGCUGCUCCCACUUCUAACCGUAGCGUAAUGCUGGGGCCGGGCAGAGCGGGCACUGGGAUGCCACACCGGUGGGGACACGGAUGGGGAUGCAGACUGGUCCCCUCGGCAAGGACGUGCCCUGGGCAGAGAGGCGUGGGGCUGCCCGCUUCUCCCUGGAGCGGGGACAGAUGUGGCACAUGGCUUAAGCUGAACCCUUGUCUGCAGAGAUAAGGGUUAUCGAUUGGGGUCCAGCCACCCCAUGGUGCAUCGGGCGGGGGGCUGUGGGGGACCGGGGGGCGGCUCCCAUGGGUGAGGAAGGGAUGACGAUGUUGGUGGUGGUGAGUGGGGAAGGUGCUGAGAGGGACGCAGCGCUGGUGGCACGGUGCUGUGGGCAGCAUGGGGAGGAGGCUGGGGCUUGUGGCAGGAGGGGAUGGUGCUGGGCUGGAACAGGGUUUACCCUGUGGGGUGGGAUGGAUGGCAGAGCCUGGGGCUGGAGCGUGGGAGCCACGGGGGGACGUGACGGCGGCCGGAGCCCCAGCUGCAGUCCCGUGCCGGGCUGCGCUCCGUGUCCCGGCCGAGCAAUAAACCCAGCUGGUGCACGCUCACAA